AUGGAGAAUGCCAGUGCAGUGGGUGAGUUCCUCCUGCUGGGCCUGACCAGUGUUCAGGAGUUGUGGCCCGUCUUCUUUGUGAUGUUCUUAAUAAUUUACCUGACGAACUUAGUUGGAAAUGGAGCAAUAUUAGUGAUUGUUACUCUGGAACAAAGACUCCACUCCCCCAUGUACUUCUUCCUGGGAAACCUGUCUUGUCUGGAUAUUUGCUACUCUUCUGUGACUCUUCCCAAGGUUCUCGCCAACCUCAUCUCCAGGCGCAGGGCCAUCUCCUUCCUUGGCUGCAUCACUCAGUUGCACUUCUUCCACUUUCUGGGAAGCACGGAGGCCAUCCUGUUGGCAGUGAUGGCCUUUGACCGUUUCGUGGCCAUCUGCAGUCCACUCCGCUACACCACCAUCAUGAACCCCCAGCUGUGCAUCCUGCUGGCAGCCCUGGCCUGGCUCAUCAGCUUCUUCUAUGCGCUGAUGCAUUCUGUCAUGACGGCACACCUGAAC